GAAAGCGCACAGGAUUUAGGCUAGAUGCGCCAUUUUGCUGCGUCCACUGCCAUCCGGCAAGAUGGUCCCCUUGCUUUGUCUCCCCUGACCGGAGUUGUUUCUGUGUUCACUGACUAUUCUUGCUUCCGCACCAUCAAAAAUCUGCGAAUUGGAUUGAACUGGCUCACCCGAACCAAAAACUACGCGUGUCUCCGUCAACCGAGGAAUGACGACGGCGAAAAGCAGAUAAAAUGAGCCUGCCUUCUUCUGAAUCAAACUUAGACCAAAUGUCAGAAAAAGCAGAGGAACCUGGUAGCUCAACAGAAACUAUGAAGCCCUCCUCUUCUCGCAACAAGAGGAAGACCACUGCUGUAGCUAAGCACACUGGACAAAAUGAAUCUGACGCCUCAGAGAGUGAAAAUGAAGGGGCCACCUCUGACAACCCUUCAGACAAUAACACAAGCAGUGCAAGUAAAGGUACUUUAGUGAUGAGGCCAUCUGGGAAUGAAAAUAAAGGUGCAAUGAAGCUCAGAGUGGAUUUCAAACAGAAACAUACAGAUGACACCCUGCAGAAGAAAGUAAACUGUACUGCCUGUGGAAAGCAAGUAAACCAGUUUCAGCGCAACUCUGUUUACGAGCAUCCCGCGCUCAAAGUACUUAUUUGCAAGUCAUGCUACAAGUAUUACACAAGUGAUGACAUCAACAGAGACUCUGAUGGAAUGGAUGAGCAGUGCAGGUGGUGUGCUGAAGGUGGCAAGCUCAUCUGCUGUGACUACUGCAACAACGCUUUCUGCAAGAAGUGCAUUCUGCGUAACCUGGGCAGGAAGGAGCUGUCAACCAUUACUGAUGAGAACUCAAAGUGGCACUGCUAUGUCUGCAGGUCCGAGCCCCUCCAGGAUCUGGUCUCCAAAUGCCACCGUAUCAUGGAAAAACAAGAACACCUGCUACUUAAGCAACGAAAACAAGAUAAAAGCGAGGAACGUGAGAGCAGGAGACACAAGAACAAAGACGUUAAAGAGCACAAAGCUGUUGUCAAUGGGAAAGAACACUCUGAAGGCUCAGGGACCAUGACAUUCUCCUACAAAAAACUGCAGGUACCCAAAGAACUUAUAAAGAAAACAAAAAAACUUGUUGAAACGACAACCGGUCUCAACAAUACCUUCAUCCAGUUCAUCCAGCAGACAGCAGAGGAACAUGGAGAUAAGUCUAUCAGGUAUCGGCAUUUGAAAGCCUUUAAGGCCGUGCUUGCUGAUUUGAAACAAGCCCACAGUGCUUUGGAGGCAGCGCUGGAGCCUGAAUUUAAAAACAUGGAGUUGCAGAAUGGCAAUGAAGGACAACAUAUUGUGAAAAAAAGCGCUAUUGUUACGGCUGCUGUGGAGAACGACCAUGUGGAUAACGUGGUGAAUGCAGUUCAGAAAGCUGACAUAGCGGAGGAUGAUGACGUAGCGGAGGAUGAUGACGUAGCGGAGGAUGAUGACGUAGCGGAAGAUGAUGACGUAGCGGAGGAUGAUGACGUAGAGGAGGAAGUGGCUGGCGUAGCAGAGGAUGAGGCUGACGUAGCAGAGAACGCUAACGUAGAAGAGGACAAUGACGUAGCAGAGGAGUCGGAGCUUAACGAGCAGGACAAGGACAACGAUCAAGUUUCAAAUGAUACUGAAAUGAAAGACAGCCAAACGGAAACUGAUGUGACCAAAAAGACAAUUAAAACUGAACCAUGCGCUGAUGGGCUAAUGUCAACUGGUGAAAUGUCCCUAGAUCACGACAUUAUGUCCGUGCCGCCUUCAGUUCCCGAAGAGCUUUUUCAGAUGGUGGAGAGUCUGGCAGAUUCCACAAUGCUCGCACAGACUGACACGGAUUUGGUCACAGACGUAGAUGCAAAGUCAAAUGGAAAGUCAACAGACUCUCAACUCUCCCAGCCCAAGGUAAAGAACCUCAUAGUCAAAUUGACUCCUGUGCCAGUCGUGACGACACGUGGGUCCAGGUCCUCCAGGUCACAAAAAAGAGAAAAAGAUGGUGAGACACAAAAAAAGCGUGAGGAAAAAUCUGAGGCGGAAGACAAUGCUGCUGAUGCAGUAGAUGGGACAGAGAGUCCACCAUCCAGCCGCCGCUCCAGCAGACUGAAGACCACUCCCUUGAGGAAGCAGUCUGAGAAUAAGGACAAAGAGUCCUCUGAUUCAGAGUCAGAGGGAGAUCGCAAGAGCAAGGCUAAAUCCUCCAAGAAAUCCAGAAACAUCAAAAAAGAGGAUGGGGAGGACAUCAAGGAUUCAGAGAAAAAGACGGUGAAAAAAAGCAACAGCGACUCCGACUCAGACGAAAUUCCCAACGUACUGCUCGAGAAAGCUGCAGCGGGCCGCAGCACAGAUGAUGAACAGGGAAGCACAAGUGCAAAAAAGUGUCUAUUCAAACUAAACAACACUUCCACAAAGGAUACAGACAAAGCGUCCAAACGCAAAAGGAAGUCUGAAAGUUCAGAUUCAGACUUAGAGAAAAAAAGUAAAAAGACGUCCAAGAAGAAGAAGCAGAAGGGCUCAGACUCCAGCAACUCCGACUCUGACCAGGAGAAGGAGACAAAGAGUAAAGGCGCCACAGCAAAGAGGAGAUCGAGCCGCGUGAAAAAACAAGAUGAAGCAAAAGAGGAAGACAGAAACUCACUUGAGAGGAAGGCUGCCAAACGGAAAAGGUCUUACGAAAAGAAACGUAAGGGACUUAGCCCCAAAGCAUCCACUAAGCUGCAGUCGUCCUCCAGUGAGGAUGAGGUGGAGGAGGAGGAGCAACAAGCUGAAGGUGACUCUGGAGAGGACAGUGAUGUGCAGAAAAUCAAACCCAUUAUGGAUGAUGGCAUCGUGGGAGGUGGUGGACCUUUUCAUCAGUCCUCAGGAGAUGAAGAAGACAAUAAAGAAAAAGUCUCUCAGGUUUGUGAAGAUGAUGACGAUGAUGAUCCUGAAAACAGGAUUGCAAAGAAAAUGCUUCUCGCCCAAAUAAAAUCCAACUACUCUUCUGGAGCAGAGAGCUCCUCUGACAAUGAAGGAGCUGAUAAGGAUGAAAAGUCCUCAAAGAAAGCUAAAAAAGAGGAUGAUGACGACGAUGAUGAUGAUGAUGAAGAGCAAGACGAGGAUUCAGAAGACUCGAGCUCUGAUGUUGAAGUGAAGAAGCGUGGCAGACGCCACAAACUGCUCCGUCAUAAACUGUCACUGAGCGAAGGUGAAUCAGGAGAGGAGCAAGCUGCCAGUAAAGAGAAGAAGAACAAGGGGGGCAAGAAGAAGAAAGACGACAGCGAUGACUCUUCAGACUCAGACUCAGACUUUGAGAAGUCCGAGUCCAGUCCAGAGUCGGGGAUAAGCGAGGAGCUCAGUGAAUCAGAGGACGAUGGAAAGCGUCGAAAGACCAGAUCCUCAAAGAGGAAGGACGAGGAGAAACAGAGAAGUUACAAGCAGAAGAAGAAGCGUCGCAGGAUCAAAGUUCAGGAUUCCUCUUCCAGCAAUGAGAAGAGUGGAGAGGAAGGUGAGGGCGACGCAGAUGGAGACGAGGACCGCAAAGGACGCAAAAAGAUCCGCAAAAUCCUGAAGGACGACAAGCUGCGGAUGGAGACGAGAGACGCACUGAAAGAAGAGGAGGACAGGAGGAAGCGUAUAGCUGAAAGAGAGGCGCUCAGGAAGAAGCUUCGAGAGACGCUUGAGUUGACAGAGACUUCCCUGAUGGCCUGUCCCAUCACCACCAAGCUGGUGCUGGAUGAAGAUGAAGAGACCAAGGAGCCGUUGGUGCAGGUGCACAGGAACCUUGUCACAAAGCUCAAACCUCACCAGGUUGACGGGGUGCAGUUCAUGUGGGACUGUACCUGUGAAUCUGUGAAGAAGAUCGAGAAGUCUUCUGGCUCCGGUUGCAUCCUUGCCCAUUGUAUGGGUCUGGGGAAAACCCUGCAGGUGGUGACAUUACUUCACACUUUGCUGCUUUGUGAGAAACUCGACUUCUCCACAGCUCUGGUGGUUUGUCCCCUGAACACUGUCCUUAAUUGGCUCAACGAGUUUGAGAAGUGGCAAGAAGGAAUGAAGGAUGAAGAGAGUUUAGAGGUGACUGAGCUGGCCACAGUAAAGAGGCCACAAGAGCGAGCGUACGCCCUUCAGCGAUGGCAAGACAUGGGUGGUGUAAUGAUCAUAGGCUACGAGAUGUACCGAAACCUGACACAGGGCAGGAACAUCAAGAGCAAGAAGCUCAAAGAGACCUUUCAGAAGACACUGGUAGAUCCAGGUCCAGACUUGGUGAUCUGUGAUGAAGGUCACAUCUUGAAGAACGAGCAGUCCGCUGUGUCCAAAGCGAUGAAUUCUAUCAGGUCGAGAAGGAGGAUUGUGCUGACUGGAACGCCUCUGCAAAACAACCUUAUUGAAUACCACUGCAUGGUGAACUUCAUCAAGGAGAACCUGCUCGGCUCAGUUAAGGAGUUCAGGAACCGCUUCAUUAACCCCAUUCAGAAUGGUCAGUGUGCCGACUCGACACUACAUGAUGUCCGAAUCAUGAAGAAGAGGGCUCACAUCCUCUAUGAGAUGCUGGCCGGCUGUGUCCAGAGGAAAGAUUACACAGCACUCACUAAGUUCCUGCCUCCUAAACAUGAGUAUGUGUUGUCUGUCAGAGUGACUCCAAUCCAGUGUAAACUCUACAGAUACUACCUGGAGAACUUCACAGGUAUCGGGAAUGCUAUGGAGGGGGGCCGAGGCCGCGCAGGGACUAAACUCUUCCAGGAUUUCCAGAUGCUCAGCAGAAUCUGGACCCAUCCCUGGUGCCUUCAGCUGGACUACAUCAGCAAAGAAAACAGGGGUUUCUUUGACGAAGACAGCAUGGACGAGUUCAUCGCUUCGGAAACAGAAGAAUCCUCAAUGAGUAUGACCUCUGAGGAUGAGAAAAAGAAAAAGAAAAAGAAGCAAGGGAAGGGAAAAAAGAAAGGAUCUGAUGACUCGGACAGUGAUGACGUGGAGGUCAUCAAGGAGUGGAACACCAGCUCUCGGGGAAGAAACGGAGAGGGUCGGAACAGAGCGGAGCCUGUAGAAGAACCUCGGUCCACUAGCUCAGCACCAGGGAGUCCCACAAGGGCUCCUGACUGGCAUAAGGAGUUUGUAACUGACCCCGACGCUGAGAUCCUGGAGCACUCUGGAAAGAUGGUGCUACUCUUUGAGAUCCUGCGAAUGGCAGAGGAAGUAGAAGACAAAGUGUUGGUGUUCAGUCAGUCUCUGAUCUCUCUGGAUCUGAUCGAGGAUUUCCUGGAGCUGUCUUGCAGAGCUAAAGAUGAAGAUAAAGUCUCUCCAUACAAAGGUGACGGCAAGUGGUUCAGGAACAUUGACUACUAUCGCCUGGAUGGCUCCACCAACGCCACCACCAGGAAGAAGUGGGCUGAAGAGUUUAAUGACACCAGUAACACAAGAGGUCGUUUGUUCCUCAUUUCCACGCGAGCUGGCUCUCUCGGCAUCAACCUGGUGGCAGCCAACAGGGUCAUCAUCUUUGACGCCUCCUGGAACCCCUCCUACGACGUCCAGAGUAUCUUCAGGGUGUACCGCUUUGGUCAAAUUAAGACCGUGUUUGUGUACAGAUUCCUGGCCCAGGGUACAAUGGAGGAGAAGAUUUAUGACCGGCAGGUAACCAAACAAUCGCUGUCAUUCCGGGUGGUGGACCAGCAGCAGAUUGAGCGGCACUUCACAACCAACGAGCUUGCAGAGCUCUACAGCUUUGACCCAGACCUGCUGGAUGAUCCUUCAGAGAAGAAGAGCAAGAAAGCCACGCCCAUGCUUCCUAAGGAUCCCUUCCUGGCUGAGAUGCUGCAGAACAAUAAGGACCAGAUCAUGUGUUACCAUGAGCAUGACUCUCUACUGGACCACAAGGAGGAGGAAGCCCUGAGUGAGGAGGAUCGCAAGGCUGCCUGGGCCGAGUAUGAAGCAGAGAAAAAGGGUUUGUCCAUGAGGACCAACUACCAGUCAGCAUACGCCCAGAUGGACAUGGGCACAUCCAACUACUUCAACUUCAACAUGGCGGCUUUGGCCUCCAUGACCAACCAGCAGCUGGAGGACCUCAUAAACCAGGGACGACAGAAAGUCAUUGAAGCAACAAAUGCGUUGAAGACAUUAGCACGGGAGCCACUGGAAGACACCAUCGCCAGAGUGUGGAAGGAAAACCCAUCCUUCAACGAGAGUCAGGUCCAGGCCAUGUCUCUGGGGCGACAGGCCAGUGUGGAGCUGGAGGUCAAACGCAGAGAAGCCGUUUACAGGGACACACUCACCAGACAGCAGUCGCUGAUGAUGUUUGUGCAGAAGCUGAUCACCAACAGGAAGGUGCAGGAGCAGCAGCUGGCCAUGGCGAACCAGGCCAACUACCUGAACCAGCUGGCCCUGCAGAACGGCAUGAUGGGAGGCGGCGGGCUCAGCCAGAUGGACCUGCUGGGGCUCUACCAGCAGCUCCACGGCCUGGGCUCCCAUCAAGGCAUGGGCAAGAAUCCUGGGCCCUCCAAGGGCCUGUAGGUUAGAGGGACUCUUCCUCAACCCCCGCCCACUCAACUAGCCGGCUCCCAGUAGGCCAGUCUGAGCGAGGCCCAGUUCUCUGUAACAAACACACUGUGACACCACCGCUUAGAGCGCGAAGCAAACUGGUGCACCACGCAGAGGGUGGAGUAGUUUUGAGACUAGGCUGCUGUCCACUGGGGCCUCAAGUGGGAUAGACUCUCAGUUCUUUAAUAUGUAGUUCACUGAGAGAAGGUGGAAUAUAAUGUAUAAAUGACUGUGUGAAAGGGGUCAGUUAGGAAACUGAAAAAAAAUGUAUAUACCGCCUUAAUGUUAUUCAAGUUCUAUAUCUUCAUUUUUCAUGUAUUUAAAGACAAACAAAUUUUACCCCCAAUGCUUUUAAGCAUUGUAUUGCUUUUUUUCUCGUAAAAGAGGGUUUCCUUAUUUAAACUCAGUUUUUUAUACUGUUUAAAUGCAAAACUAAACCUGAGUGGGACCAGUGUUGGUGACAGGACUCUGAUGUAAAGCUCCACAUGAUUAUUAGACCCAGUAGAUUCCUUCACCAAAAUCUAGCAAAGCAGACAGCUGAGGGUGUUGCUACAUCCUGCUCUUUUUGGGAGAUAGAUUGAAUUGAUAAGUUAACAAAAACUGAAAAAAAAACUGAAAAAAAAAUAUGGCCUUAUAUUCAUUUCCUAAAAAAAGCUCUGUAAAGUUCUGAGAUUUGUUGAGAAUCUUUUCUAUUAUGCUUUUAAGUGUUUACAUUAGUUGUCGCUGAACAUGGUAAUGGAAUGCUUGUGUUGUUCAAAACUGCCUGCCGGUUCCUAUGACCUUUUUGUAACAUCAUCCUCAUUGUCACGUGUUGUCUAGCAUAGCACUGUGCGUCCUGUCAUUGUUUAUGUUCCACUUGUGUUGAUCCCGAGCUCGGGUGAGUAACUGGGUCUCACAAAGCACAACCAGUUCAGCCGGAUAUCACAGGGCCCAAAACUUUCUCCCUUUACCUGUCUGUCAAAGUUUGAAUUCUGUGUUACACGUGAUUUGAUAGAAUGAGUAAAGAAUGAAAUCUUACUAUAACUCUGGCUGAUCUGUGUUGUAUGCUUUGUGAGAAACGCCUUCUGGACACUAGUCUCACCAGGCAGGCCCCCCAGACUACCUGUAUUCUACUUUGGCACAUUUUUGCUUCUAAAUGCUUCUAGCUGUUAUUCAAGACGAAAAUGUACAUUUCACAUGAAGAGAUGUUGUCUCUCGUAAGCUCCUGUGUUUGCACAAGGUGUAUUUCAUAAAUGUAGAGAAACUUUUUUGCCCUCCUCUAAGAAUGUUCUUAUUUUAGCAAAUACACCAACAUGUUUUGCCAUUAAUUCUGAUCUGCUAUUAUCUUGAUAAGUAUUUAAUAUAACAUUUAAUAAAGUGACCAAAAGGAUGA